AUGAUAUUAUUAUGGCGCCAGCUUAACGAAAUUCAUUUGCGGUUUCAGAACUGGGAUUUUCCUCGGUGUUCUUGGAUCUUGACGUCCUUGGCGAAAAAUAUGGAAGACGACCCUUUUUCUGCUUCACUCACUCUUCUUACGAAUGCCAAGAUAUUUUCUUUGAGAGAGUUCCACUCAGUGGCGAGACAGAACCUGAUCGCAUCCACUCAGGAAUCGAUAGCCAGACAACUGUCAGCAUGGGCACAAGACGACGCUUCCUUUGGUAAAGAGACCUCCAUGCAGCAGCAGGGCGACAAAGUUCCGGCACUGCCUCUCUGGAACAACGAUGACCUCCUUUGUCUCGAAGGGUUGCUUCCGGAAGCUCCAACUUGUGUGGAAUCCAGCAGGUGUGAUAUUUCGGAUGUCCCAUCCACUGACUUGGACCACAGCACUCCUCAAACCACAACCGAUGUCGCAGCAAGCAUUGAGGAAUCACCCACAGCAAAACAGAACAAGGAGCUUGUGUGCAACGAGCCAGGCUGUGGCAGAAAGUUCAUAUGGAGGGCCCAUCUUCGUUACCACAAACAGACUCAUAUGGGCAGCAGACCCCAUAUGUGCCAAGUUGCCAGUUGUGGCCGUAAGUUUGUCACUGCACAGCAGCUGCAAGUACAUGCGAGGGUCCACACGGGUGAACGACCGUUCACUUGCCAACAAUGUGGUGAUGGCUUCACCACAGCGAACAAUCUGCGCAAUCACUGCCGCAGUAAGCACACGGGAGAGCGUCCCUUCUCUUGUACGCAAGCAGGCUGCGAAAAACGGUUUGCGGAACGUUCCAGCCUGAAAAAGCACAUUGUAGUCCACACAGGUGAAAAGCCCUUUGUGUGCCAGUUCUGUGACAAGAGAUUCUCCCAAAGCAGUUGUCGCAGCACGCAUGUCAACAAGUUUCAUCUGCCUGGAUAAGCUAAAACAACAUUCAUCCAAGAAAACGAGCUAAUGCCACUCAUGGGUGGACGGGCCCGUGCUUGGGAUGGGAGAGAAAGUGUGAGAUACGUACGUGAGACAUUGACGAAGGUGAUUCCCCACAUGAUGCUCCAGACCCAGCCGACGACGAAAGGCGCCGUCACUGUCUGUAGCAGCGACGCCAACAGGUUGUAACCGGCGGCUACACACCGGGAUUCAUGUUCAGUCCUGCAGCCGCACACCACUGCUAUCACUGUUACCAGAGUACCUGCAUCAGAACAUGACAGUUUAUCAUCUUCAAAGACGAAGGCGAUUGAAGCGGGCUUCGAUAUUACAUUCCGAGAUUGGGUGUCCGAUCUGGCCUAGCAUAGCCUAGCAAGGCAAGUGCUUUGCCAACAAGCUUGGUACUUGGCACGGACCUGUAUCCUGGCCAGUGACUUGCCAAGCGUUGUGCCGAGCUUGUGCCAAGUUACACUAAUGUGUAACGUAAUUUGUCAAAUUUGAGUCUUUUUGCUAAGGAAUAAUAGCGGAAAAGACUGGUGCGCAUUUGGACACGUUUCAUUGAGAACAUUGUUAUACUUUUACGUACGCCUUUUUGUGCAUUCUACAUGCUUAAGUGUACUACGCAGUAGACUCAGUAAUAAAACUGCAACAGAGCUAUUGC